AUGGCCCGAGCCACCGCCGUGCUCACCGAGCGAGGCUACAAAGUCCGCGAGUUCUUCUCCCAAGACGCCGGCAUCCAGUCCUCGAUUGAGAACCGCCUGUCGGAGCUGCGCGCCGCCUUCUCGGACCCGACCAUCUCGGCCAUCAUCUGCACCAUCGGCGGCCCGUGCUUCAACGAGCUCAUUCCCGCCCUGGCCGCCGACACGGAGCUGCACAACACCAUCCGCGCCAACCCCAAGAUCGUCGUCGGCUACUCCGACAUCACGGGUCUGCACUGGUUCCUGCAUGCACUCACGGGUCUCCGCACCUUCUACGGCCCGGGCGCCAUCCCCGAGCUCGGCUCGCCGAGCUCCGCCGACGACGAGGACUCACCGGUCGCCUUUUGCCUGAGGCAGCUCCUCCGCGCCAUCGCGCAGGCCGAGCCCCUCGGCGACGUGGCGCGGUCGCUCACCUACGCGCCCAAGCUGGACCCGGUGUUCUUUGACCCGGCGUCGACGGCGCCGCCGGAGCUCGCGCCCACCGCGGGCUGGCGGUGGCUGCGGCCCGGCCGGGCGCGGGGCCGGCUAUUCGGCGGGUGCCUCACCGUCGUGGCGCGCCUGGGCGGCGUGCGCGCCCUCGCGCCCGACUGGCGCGGCCGCAUCGUCUUCCUCGAGACGGCCAUGAGCGACGCCGAGGUCACGGGGAACCCGAUCCCGCGCGUGCGGGCCGGCAUCGCGGACCUCGUCGCGCACGGCGUCUUCGACGAGGCGGCCGGGCUGGUCGUGGGGCGGCCGUUCGGGUACGACUCCGAGGAGGCGAGGGACGAGUAUGCUGGCGUCAUCACGGCGCUCUUGUGCGAGGGGCCGCUGGCGGAGAGGAACAGUUUCCCGAUCUUGUUUAAUAUCGAUAUCGGGCACACGACUCCGAUGGUUACGUUGCCGAUUGAUGCUCUAGCCGAGCUGGAUUCAGAGACGGAUCGCUUUGCUAUUUUGGAACCGGCCGUGUGCUAG